AUCAAGGCAGUGAGGUCAAAGCACUGAGCCAACACCCACCUGGGAUGGGGUAUAAAAGGCCCAGGAAGGAAGGGGGUUCUCAGACUCGUGUCUUGGCCUUUCCAGCUGCUCUGAACCUCCUGUGUAGCAUCAGCCCACACCAUGACUUCCUUCUACAUGACCUCAAGCCAGCCUCUGGGCAGCACCCUGAAUCCUGGAGAAAGAAAUGUCUGCCCCUCCUCCGGUGAUAUUGGGUACCACCCUGGCUUAGAGGAAAAGGCUGCCUGCCAGGGCCUCCUGGCCAGCCUGGCACAUGUCAACCGAGUUCGAGUGGGGACCACCCCGCUGGGCCGACCCAAUCUCUGUCUGCCCAACAGCUGCCACAAUGCUUGCCCCUUGCCAGGAACCCGCAACAUUCCUGCCAACAUCGGAAGCUGUGGGGCCUACGGUGAAGGCACCCUGAAUGGCCAUGAGAAGGUGACCAUGCAGUUCCUGAACGACCGCCUGGCCAACUACCUGCAGAAGGUGCGGCAGCUGGAGCAGGAGAACGCGGAGCUGGAGACCAAGAUCCGAGAGUGGAGCAAAUGCCAUGAGACCACCAUGUGCCCCAACUACCAGUGCUACUUCCAGACCAUCGAGGAGCUCCAGCAGAAGAUCCUGUGCAGCAAAGCUGAGAAUGCCAGGCUGGUUAGCCAGAUUGACAACGCCAAGCUGGCUGCCGAUGACUUUAGGAUCAAGCACGAGAGUGAGCACUCCCUGCGCCUGCUGGUGGAGGCGGACAUGUGUGGGAUGCACAAGCUCCUGGAUGACCUGAGCCUGGCCAAGGCUGACCUGGAGGCCCAGCAGGAGUCCCUGAAGGAGGAGCAGCUCUGCCUCAAGAGCAACCACGAGAAGGAAGUGAACAUUCUGAAGUGCCAACUGGGAGACAGGCUCCGGAUUGAGCUGGACACGGAGCCCACCGUGGACCUGAGCAGGGUGCUGGAGGAGAUGCGGUGCCAGUACGAGACCAUGGUGGAGACCAACCGGCGUGACGUGGAGCAGUGGUUCGAAGCUCAGUCUGAAGGCAUCAGCCUGCAGGCCUCGUCCUGCUCUGAAGAGCUGCAGUGCUGCCAGUCGGAGAUCCUGGAGCUGAGAUGCACGGUGAACGCCCUGGAGGUGGAGCGCCAAGCCCAGCACCAGCUGAAAGACUGUCUGCAGAACUCCCUGUGCGAGGCCGAGGCCCGCUUUGGCACGGAGCUGGCCCAGAUGCAGUGCCUGAUCAGCACCGUGGAGGAGCAGCUGGCCGAGAUCCGCUGCGACCUGGAGCGGCAGAACCAGGAGUACCAGGUGCUGCUGGACACAAAGGCCCGGCUGGAGUGUGAGAUCGCCACGUACCGGAACCUUCUGGAGAGCGAGGACUGCAAACUCCCCUGCAAUCCCUGCUCUACACCUGCCUCCUGUACCCUUCGUCCAAGCUGCCCCCCGCCGGCCUGUGGGUCUUCAUGAGAGCUGACUCUGAAGGUCUGAGUUCCAACACAGGAGGUCAGGGCUGCCUGUCCUGGGUUUAGGAUCGCCCUCACCUUGCUUAGUCUUUCUCUAGAAAUACCAAACCCACUGGAGGCAUUUUCACUGAAUCAAAGGGCAGCAGACAACUUCUAAGUAGUGGCUUCCUAUCUGUGCCUUAGGCUGAUUUUUAAAAACAUUGCAUUGUCUUCCACUGAAACUAUUGUUUUCCCACCUAGUCUCUCUUCUGGGAUUUUCAUUCUACUCCAGUGCUUCAGAAUCUUCUAAAAUGUAAUUGGGCUCCUGUAUUAAAUAAAUGGUCAAUAAACCUCCUUCCUGUA